UUUAAGAUGCCUUCUGGAUGUAGUAAGAUUGGACUGAUAAUCGUUGCGAUUAUCUUCCCUCCACUGGCUGCUUUGAUUGCAGUUGGUUGCUCAGGCCACUUCUGGCUCAACAUUUUGUUGACAAUCCUUGGUUGGAUUCCAGGUGUUAUCCAUGCCUUGUACCUCAUCCUGUCUCACAAG